AUGUCGACUGUGCCUCACAGCAGUGCGGAUCCACCUCAGGCCCCGCCUACUUCAUCCAAAAAGCCCCAGAGAACCCUAGCCUGCGUACUUUGUCAACAGCGCAAGGUGAGAUGUGAUCGCAAGCUUCCUUGUGCAAACUGUGUCAAACACCAAGUACAUUGUGUGCCAUCCACGCAGACACGUCCACGAAGACGCCGAUUCCCAGAGCGACAACUCCUAGAUCGUCUUAGGAACUAUGAGGACCUGUUGCGCCAGAACAAAGUCAAAUUUGAGCCACUACAUAGGAACCUAGGACCGGUGUCUGAUGGCAAAGGUUCACCCGAAGGAUUCUAUGAUUCGGGCGAAGAGCUCCCCGAAGCCCGAGAAACAGAUACGCCUUCCCCACUAACCCCGUCCAAUUCGAAAAAUAUCUAUGAAGCCAAGAAUAUCUGGCAUGCUAUGAGCCAAGGGUUCCGCGGAGUCAACAACGAUGGCGACCUAAACGAUGGUGUGCGUGAAGUAAUGGCAGGAAAAACAUGGGACAAUCUAUUUGAGAAUGACGAUCAUGUUCUCUUUGGAUCCCGAGCGGCAGCCGUGGAUCUCUCUACUUUCCAUCCGGAACCCGUUCAUAUCUUCAGGCUUUGGCAGAUUUAUCUCGAUAAUGUCAACCCAUUGUUGAAAGUGACGCAUACCCCGACGCUCCAGGGUCGUAUCAUCGAAGCUGCCAGUAACACGACACAAAUCAGCCCCAAUCUAGAGGCACUUAUGUUCGGCAUAUAUUGCAUGGCCAUUCUAAGUAUGACCGAUGGCACUGAGGCAGUUUUUGGUUUGCCCAAAGUUGAGCUUCUACGGAAAUAUCAAUUUGGCUGUCAACAGGCUCUUUUGAACUGUAGAUUCUUAAGGUCCUCCGAUCCUGACUGUUUGACUGCACUAUAUCUCUAUCUGAUCUCGGUUCAUCCCAUUACAGACCCUCGCUCUCUUUCGUCAAUGCUCGGUAUCGCCAUUCGCAUAGCGCAAAGAAUGGGAAUCCACUAUGAGUCUACCAAUCGCAAGUAUCCAGUUCUAGAGUCCGAGAUGCGUCGGAGGCUCUGGUGGUCUCUGGUCCUCUUUGAUGCUCGGAUAAGUGAAUUAUCUGACUACAAAACAACAACACUUGCGCCAACAUGGGAUUGUGCGCUGCCUUUGAAUGUGAACGAUUCUGACCUUCGAGCGGAAAUGAAGGAACCGCCGGCUGUGCAGGGGAGAAUCACAGAGUCUCUUUUUACAGUUCUACGCAAUGAGAUGGGGGACUUUGUCCGCCAUAGCUCUUUCCAUCUCGACUUCACUAACCCGGCUUUGAAGUCUAUUGCAAAAGAGCUUCCAGAAGGGGGUGAUUUGAUCUUUUUGGAGAAGACGGUUGAGGAAAAGUAUUUUGAUCUAUGCGACCUGGAAAAUCCCUUACAUUUCAUGACAGUGUGGAUGACGAGAUCAUCUCUUUCAAAAUGCUGCCUUCUGGAAUAUUACUCAAGACAAUGCGCCGAGCCCCAGGUUGGGACGUCGCAGGACACACCGAUGCUAUACGCAUUCCGAAUCCUUGAAAGCGACACAAAACUCAUGACUUCGCCCCUCACCAAAGGCUUCCUGUGGUCCCGCCAUUUUCAUUUCCCUCUACCGGCCUACAUCCAUAUUGUCCAAGAACUGAUAAAGCAGUCUGUAAAUGCUCAAGCCAAACAGGCAUGGGAGGUGAUGAGUGACAACUACGAGGCUCGCUUUACCGCGGCCAACUUUGUCGGCAAUUCGAUCUUCAAAACUUUUACCAAGAUCAUUCUUCAAGCCUGGGAGGCUUUCGAGGCAUCCUGUAAAGAUUCAGGAGAGAUAUUUGCCCCGCCGAGAAUUGUAUUAAGCCUCAGAGAACGCGCGGAAGAAAUGGCCCAGAAGGAGCAAUACGCCGACGCUGGGCAACAACCUAGCGAUCUGAUCCACCCGGACAUCAAUGACCUCCUCCAGUCUCUUCCAAUGGGCUUCAGUAACCCAAAUCCCGUUUUCAACACCGGUAGGAAUGACAAUAGCCAGGGGGUUGAUCCAAGCAUGAUUCCGCUGGGUGGGCCUUCGUCGACGGCGGAUAUGAACCACCUCGCUUGGGCUUCAAUGGCUUGGGGGUUUGGUGAGCGCCGGCCAUGGUGA